AUGUCUUCGAAAACGUACAGCAUCGCCGCCAUCCCCGCGGACGGCAUUGGACCGGAAGUGAUUGCGGCGGGAAUCACAGCUUUGAAUGCCCUGGCAGACACUCUGCAGACCUUCAAGCUGGAGUUUACGAAUUAUGACUGGAGCUCUGAUACUUACAAGCAGACGGGUAAAUAUAUCCCGGAUGGCGGUUUGGACGCGCUUAAGAAGCACGAUGCUAUUCUCUUCGGUGCUGUCGGUGCUCCUGACGUACCCGAUCAUGUGUCUCUCUGGGGUCUUCGCCUUGCGAUCUGCCAGCCAUUCCAGCAAUACGCCAACGUGCGCCCGACCAAGAUCUUCCGAGGCACCGAGUCCCCCCUACGGAGGUGCUCGACCGGAGAUCUGGAUUGGGUGAUUGUCCGCGAGAACAGCGAAGGCGAGUAUGCGGGACAAGGCGGGCGUUCGCACCGGGGCAAACCCUGGGAAAUUGCGACGGAGACAGCCAUCUUCUCGCGACACGGCGUUGAGCGGAUCAUGCGGUUUGCAUUUGAGACGGCGCGCAAACGACCUCGCAAGCUGCUGACGGUGGUGACCAAGAGUAAUGCCCAGCGCAACGGUAUGGUUCUCUGGGACGAGGUUGCCAAGGACGUCAGUCUGGAGUUUCCGGACGUCACCGUCGACAAGAUGCUGGUUGACGCCAUGACCGCCCGGAUGGUCUUGAAACCUGAGACGUUGGAUACCAUUGUCGCCAGUAACUUGCAUGCCGACAUCUUGUCCGAUCUAGCCGCUGCGCUGGCGGGGUCUAUCGGCAUCGCGCCAACCUCCAACCUCGACCCAACGCGCGAGAAUCCCAGCAUGUUCGAGCCUAUUCACGGUUCGGCGUUCGACAUCACGGGGCUGGGGGUUGCGAACCCCGUGGCUACUUUCUGGACCGCAGCGGAGAUGCUGGCCUGGCUUGGUGAAGAGGAUGCGUCGAAGCAGCUGCUCGAGUGUGUGGAGAAGGUGUGCGAACAGGGGGUUUUGACUCAGGAUCUGGGCGGCAAGGCGACGACUCAACAGGUCACGGACGCUGUUGUUGCCGAGAUUAGGAAACUGUCCACCCAGUAG